UGUGGUUCAUCUUCUUCAUCCCGCAAAUUAAUCCUACUGAGUCACUGCCUGAGCUUUUAGCUAUUCCUCAAGCAACUGAUUAACUCAAUGGCGUCCUCAAAAGAUACCCCAAUUCCUUUGUGGCUUGACUGUGACCCCGGUCACGAUGACGCUUUUGCCAUCCUUCUCGCCGCGCAUCAUCCCUCGUUGAAGCUUCUCGGUAUCACUACCAUUCAUGGCAACUCCUCCCUAGACAAUACCACAGUCAACGCUACCAGGGUUCUGGAAGCUAUCGGCCGUUCAGAUAUUCCUGUGUAUCCUGGAACCAAGAAGCCCUUUUGUCGGCCCGCGGUUCACGCACCUAACAUCCACGGCGACUCUGGAAUCGAUGGAACAGAGCUUCUCCCCAAAGCCACCACGGCUCCCAUCACUGACAAGAACCCCAUCCUUGCCAUGCGCGACGCGCUCUUGGCUGAGCCCAAGGGAACGCCCUGGGUCAUUGCCACCGGCACACUGACCAACGUGGCCCUGCUGUUCGCUACAUUCCCGGAAGUGGUCGAUCACAUCCAAGGACUGAGCAUCAUGGGAGGGGCUGUGGGUAAUGGUUUCACCGAUGUUCCUAUGAGUAGGAUAGAAGGCCAGCACGACCGGAUUGGAAACGUGACCCCUUUCGCGGAAUUCAACAUCUAUUGCGAUCCCGAGUCGUCUCAGUCCAUUUUCAGUAACGCCACACUGGCAUCCAAGACGUACUUGAUCGCCCUUGACUUGACUCAUCAGGUCCUGGCUAGCCAGAAGGUGCGGAACCUCGUCCGCCACGGCGUGGAUGAUGCCUCCGUUCAGCCGUCGACCCUUCGACAAAUGCUGUAUGAGCUUCUCAUCUUCUUUGCCUCCACCUACGAGAAUGUGUUUGGGUUGGCCUCGGGUCCACCUCUGCACGACCCGCUUGCCGUGGCUAUCAUUCUCUCGAACUUGAAUCCUCUCUACGCACAGAACCACCCCGAAAAGGCUCUGAAGUUCGAUGACCGCAAUGGGGAGCGGUUCGCUGUUAACGUGGUCACCAACGGUCUUCAUUCAAGCAAUAUGGAGCUGGUUGGACAUCUGGGUCAGACCGUUGCUAAGCCUGCGCCGAACGCGGUUUGCAUUCCCCGGGGUGUCGAUCUUGAUGCUUUCUGGAACAUGAUCAACGAUUGUCUUGGACGUGCAGAUGAGCUGAACGCUGUGCGGAAGGCGUGAUUUGGCAGUGCGAACUAUCGGCUUGACUCCAGACUGCACCUCGGAAUAUAGAUGGACAUAGAGAUUCUAGUGCUAGAUUCUUUUCUCG